CAUUGAUAAGGAAUCGUGAAGAACUGGUCGUAAAAAUUUAUGGUUUUGUCAAUCACGCCUUGGAACUACUUGUAUUACGAAAUUAUGGCGAAGACGUGUGGGAAGACAUCAAGAGGGAGGCACAACUCGAUGUAGAGGGUCAGUUCCUGGUCAGAAUCAUAUAUGAAGAUGCCAAAACAUAUGACCUUGUUGCUGCUGCAAGCAAAGUUCUCAAGAUUGAUGCAGGGUGUAUCCUACAGAUGUUUGGGAAGAUGUUUUUUGAGUUUUGCCAAGAAUCAGGGUAUGACACCAUCCUGCGUGUUUUAGGCUCCAAUGUCCGUGAAUUCUUGCAGAAUCUGGAUGCCCUCCACGACCACCUAGGUACCAUCUACCCUGGGAUGAGGGCUCCGUCCUUCCGCUGCACAGACGCGGAGAAGGGCAACAAUCUGAUCCUGCACUACUACUCGGAGAGGGAGGGGCUCCAGGACAUUGUGAUCGGCAUCAUCAAGACGGUGGCCCAACAGAUCCACGGCACAGAAAUGUGUGCUGUGAUCCAGCACAAGAGUGAGGAAUGUGACCACAUCAAGUUCCUGAUCGAGGAGAAGGACUCGGAGGAGGAGGCCUUCUAUGAGGAUCUGGACGGCUUCGAGGAGAACGGCACGCAGGAGACCCGGAUCAGCCCCUACACCUUCUGCAAGGCCUUUCCCUUUCACCUCAUAUUCGACAGGAACCUGAUGCUUACUCAGUGCGGCAACGCUAUCUUCCGUGUGCUGCCGCAGCUCCAGCCAGGCAUCUGUAACCUGCCCUCCGUGUUCUCUCUGGUGCGUCCACACAUAGACUUCAGCUUCCAAGGCAUGCUCUCCCACAUCAACACUGUCUUCGUUCUGCGAAGCAAGGAGGGCCUCUUGAACGUGGAGACUUCGGAGAACGAGGACGAGCUGACUGGUGCUGAGAUCAGCUGCCUGAGGCUGAAGGGACAGAUGAUCUACCUGCCCGAGGCGGAGAACAUCCUCUUCCUCUGUUCUCCCAGGUUCUGCUGUUGUGAUGUUAGACAAAAACAAUGUGCUGUUCUAGGCUGCGUUCCAAAUGGGCACAUAAAGCUCUAGUCAGAAGUUGUGCAC